AUGACUCGUCUCAAUGGUGAAGACGAAUUCGAAUUCAGCGUGCACCACUUUCAUUCUUUCGUGCACACGGUCUGGGCCGAAGGUAGCAUUCGCGAUGCUCUACAGACUGCAUGCGCCGAGAUCUGUGCUCGCCUCGAACAGUAUCAAGAACGAGGAUCUGGGCUUGUCGUCGUCGCCAUUCAGACCUGCACCAUCACCGUUGGACGUUUCAUUCCGCCCACGGUAGGUUGUGCAAGCUGCGUGUUGCCCGGUGAAAUCCAAAGCAGACAGUGCCUAGUAAAUGUGACCGAGCAACUGAAUGACUCGGAAAGAAACAUGUGCUUUGUGUUUUCUGUGCUCGCCGGUCUCCAUCCCGCACCCUAUAAUCGAUCGAGAACUUCUUGCUACCGAGACUAUAUGACCAAGUAUUGGUUCCCCACCAGGUAUCGAGUGACGUUUCCGCAAGACAUGCAGGCUUUCGAGAGGAAAAACUCCGUGUCCGUGAACGUGUACGGUUAUGAUCGAGAACAAAGGUUUGUCUACCCACUCGAAGUCAUCAAUAGCGAGUUGGAGAAGCACGUCGAUUUGCUCCUAAUAGACGAUCACUUUGUUCUAAUCACCAACUUUGCCGGACUGUUCGCGAACAGCCGCAGUCACCGUUUUCGCUGUAAAAGGUGUAUGAUGGGCUUUCGCUUUCGCACUGCGCUGGGGAGUCAUUUAUUGUUGUGUAAAGAAAAGAAGGCAAUCCGAACAGUGUGUCCUGCAAAGGGGGACGCGCUGUAUUUCCGGAGCCCACACGCGAUGGAACCUUUCCCCUACUUUUGCGUCUACGAUUUCGAGGCCAUUCUGGAAGCGGAAAACAUGGGUCAGGCUUACGAGAAGCACGUCCCCCGUUCAUUUUGCAUACUCGUAAUCCGAUCCACGGACUCGCGCAUCGUCGAACAGUUUUUGUACUGGGGCGAGGACUGCGUGGAAAAGUUCAUUUCCAUCUUUAAUGAAUUGUCAAAACUCAUUGGCGAAUGGAUUCGAAGUGAGGAAGUGCCAAUGGUGAGUGUAAACGAAGAGGCUCAUGCGUCGGUCUCUCACUGCGUGAUUUGUGGCGAAUCGUUUGGAAAUCGAAAGAGAAAAGUCAAAGAUCACGACCACUUCACCAGAUCGUGCAGGCAGGCGUCGUGUCAGGGAUGCAAUUUAAAUCUGGGAGUAAACAAGAAAGUCAUUCCAGUGCUUGCGCACAACCAUUCGUAUGACCUGGCCUUUACACUACCAAAACUCGACUUAUUCGAGUCUAAGGAUAUUAAAGUGCUCGCCACUAGCUGCCAGCAAUUUAAGCGACUCGACGUGGGUAACCUGCGGUUUCUCGACAGUCUGGCAUUUCUCCCCGCCAGCUUGGACGCGCUGGUUUAG